AUGUUUUCCUCGAAGCUCAAGGGCACCAUCCAGGCCGCCGAAACCUGGGAGGAGCUUCCUGGUAUUGACAAGGUCAUCCGCAAGGCCCAGAGCUUGAGGCAUGACAAGCCGCUCCGCAAUCUUCAGGAUCUCUUCUAUGACUCCCAGCCCGAGGAGUUGCCUUGGAUCCGCACGGAAUGUGUAAUUGACACGGUUCAAGCUGCCGCCUACCUUGGCCAGGCUGUCGUGUUCCUCUACAAGGCCAUUGACUACGAUGGGCUCGAGUGCCCGAACAACUCGCCAGUUGGAUGCGCCGCCAGUGUCGCGGGCUUCAUCACGUCCAUCAGCUGGAUCGCCUCGUACCUGUCCUUUGCGGCGAACGCCUGCGGCCAGGCUGUCAACAACGGUGCGUUGUGUGCGGGCGAUUUCACAGCUCUUGUCGCCAACUUCGGCGAGAUCGCCACCGUGGGCGCUGCUGCCAGGGCGGACUGCAACUUCGGCAAGAACGCCCUCCAGAUCCUCACACGGACCGAGACGAUCUCGCCUCCCUGGAAGGAGUUCGUUCCCGCGGGAGCCUCGCCGGCGGUCGACAAGGCCUUGAAGAUCAAGGGGCACAAGGACCAGCAGCGCAACCGUGACUACGACAUCGUGCAGUGCGCCGUGGACGUCACCAACUCCGCUUCCUACAUUGUCCGAGUCAUCCUUCAGAUUCGCGCCGCGGGCAGCGCCUGCGCAGACCCCAAGUCCUGCGCGGUUGGCAUCAUGAACAUCAUCUCCUCCUUCGCCUGGAUCUCCCAGUUCACGGCCCUUGCCGUCUCGGACUGCCAAGUGGGUGCCGACCAGAAGGCUCUUUGCACAGCGGACAUCUCCGACAUGGUUGCCGCGCUGACCAACGGCCCGGCUGCCGGCAUUGCCUCCACCUCGGUCUGGAACAACAAGGACUUCGAGACCUUCUUCGAAGGUCACUACGAAGAAUGGGACUUCGACCAGAAGAAGUCCCGCGUCCGCAUGCGACCAGACGGACCCCUGAUGCGACAAGCUUCGACACAGCCAACCACGAUAAGUAAUGGUGGCGACCAGUCCCCAGUUGCCAUGGAGACGGAGUCCUCUGGACUCGCCGAGUUGUUCAGCGCAAAUCGUGUAGUCCUCACACCCCAGGUGCAGAUGGAAGGCACGGCCAAGCCAAGUCGCAUCACGGCCGUCGACGGCAGUCACUUGGUAAGAAGUAGCCGGCUGCAGAAGUCAGGCUCGGCUUCCCACUCGACCAAGAGCUUCGAGAAUGAGGCAGGUCUUCAAGCUCCACGGUUGAAGCCAAAGGAUGCGGAAUCCCUGCAGGCACACUGGAAGCAGUUUCUGGAAGCAGCCGGCGGCGAGGAGAAUGCCGGGAAGGAGUUCUACCAGCUCCUGUUCGAAAAAGAGCCAGAACUCAAAGUCCUGUUCACUGGCCCAGAAGUGGCUCAGUGGUCCAGCUUUAUGCGGCACAUGUCGCGGAUCAUCGCGAUAUGCCACCAGCCGGAGCAGCUCAGGACGAUCGUGGAGAACCUGGCAUUUCUGCACAUGAACUUUCCCAUCUCUCAGGACGGCAUCUAUGCCUUUGCCGAGUCCCUACUGGAGUGCUUGGAGCAUACGUUGCCCGAUAUCCAGCCUACGGUGAUGGAGCAUUUGCUGGAGACCCUCACUGAGAUCACGAAUUACAUUGGGCAGGUCAUCGCACAAGUGAGAGAGAACUGCGCCGACAUGCACAACCUGUUGAAGACAAGUUGGAAGCAGGCGCAGGAGAGAAACAUGCAACCCACUGCUGCUCCUCCGCCGGAGGAGACCGAUCCGGACCUUCCAAGCAUUGACUUCGACUCGGACGAAGACUUCGACGAGCCCACCAUGACGGAGGGCAAGGAGGGCAAAGAUGACAAGAAGACGCCCAAGAAGGGCGACGAUACACCAAAGACCACCGUCACCAACAACCUUCCCACCAGCUUCCAAGACAUGUUUCAAAUCAAUGCUGCGGUGAUGGGCUUCAGCCGCAGCUCCAACACGUGGAUGCCGGUUGUUCUCGAGGCCAUCGAGCGCAUCGUCUUGCAUGUCAGUAGCGCGAGCCGCAUACGCGAAGAAGUGGACAUCUUGGCCCUGCGGUUGCAGAACUACGUUCCUGGCCUGACUCUCUCGGAAUUCAAGGCAUGUUUGCUGGCCGCACUCCGGUCCACGCUGCCGCAGGUUUGGACGCCGAAGCACGAGGCGGCUUGGGGAUUUCUUUGGGACAAUGUGGUGAAGAUCGUGAAUGUGAACAUUGAGCGGACGUCCUCCUACGAGCCGUCCCUGUCCGGCGUCUAUGACGCCAUGUCCGCCGGACGCUUCUUGAAAAUCAAGAAGGAGUUCUUCACGGCAUUUUUCGAGGUGGCGCCUGUGGGCCAGAACUACUUUAAGCAAUCUCUGACCCGUCUCCUCUUCAUCGCAGACAAGGUGCUGUUCUUUUCCUUGGAGAUGCUGAGGCAACCCAAGAAGAUGGUGUCGGAGAUGUCUGCGCUGGGGCUGAAACACGUAGGUUUCGGCAUCCCCACUGACCUCUUCACUCCCUUCAUCAGUGCUUGCAUCACGGUCUUCCGUCGCCUCAGCUAUCAAACGCCAGAUGGCAAGGCGAAAGAAGCUUUCGAAUGGGCCAUCAUCUUAGUCGCGAGAGUUCUGGUCCGUGCGAUCAAGGAAGGCUCGACUGUCGUCAUGACCGCCAUCAAUGCCAACAAUGUCAAGGGCUUGCAGAAAGCCCUUGCUGCAGCUCCGCGUGGGGAGCGCGCGACAUGGCUACUGCAUAUCCAAGUCGGAGACCAGUUCAUCUCCCCCUUCGUUUGGGCGUUGGAGAAUGGCAGCGAGACGAUUUGCCAUGCCAUGCUGAAGGAUUUGCUGAUGAUCCGUGCCGAUCGCUCCCUGUACUACUACGGCGCCGACGAGCUGUUUGCAAAGCAUCAAGACGUGGUCAAGCGGCUGACUGAUCGCACCCCUGCAUUGCUGCGCACCUUGUUGGAUGGUCUCGUGUGGAGAUCCCAGCGCACAGAAGCCAACGGCACGUUACGGCGGGUAAACUACUUUGUGAAGUAUGUUCUCGAAGAUGCGAAGGGCAAGUUCUCUCCGUCUUUGAAGAACAUUUCGGCCUCUGGGGAUCCGAGUAUCGUCUCUCACCCCCUCGUCAGCGUCGUGGUAGAGCUUCUCUGGGCAGGCGUCGUGCGCCGUCAGUUCAUUGUGUCCCGUAUAUGGAACAUCCUCAACCUGAUCAUCUUCGUGAUGGGGCAAGAGAUCACUCCGUCGAUGAUUGCCCACAAUGGCCCCUCCAAUGAGCUUUACAGCCUGCUGUUCUUCUUUCGAAUGUUCAGCUACAUUGUGGGCAUGGGUAGGCUGCUGAUGCUGCAGCUCCACCGCGUUUGGAUCUGGUCCCGAGACACCAUGCGCCGCAUCAUUGCAGACAUCGACACGGAUGGCAAUGGAGAGAUCGACUACGAGGAGAUGAAAGAGGCGUUAUCGCGCUUCAAAGACACCGUGAAAGGGGAGAUCCGAAAGGCUUUGAAAGUGCUGCGCAAUGACGAAGACCUCGAGGAAAUGAACUCCGACAAGAAAGACCUGGCGAACCAGGAGAAGAACACGUACAACCGAAUCAGCUUCACUGUGAUGCUGAUGCUGGUGCUUAUGAUGUUCCUGGAACCCAUGCUGCUUUGCGCGAACGAGCCGAACUGGCCGACUGAUGACUGCUCGCACGUUACUCCGCUCAGUAGAUAUUGGUAUUCUGUCUUUGGGAUGAUCGCCAUGAUCGUUCACUGGCUUCUGCUGAUUGACAUGACGAUCUUUUCCACGCAGCUUUCGGCCUUCUUGCUGGUUGUGGGCCACGUGCUGGGCGAGGUGAAGCAGUUCUUGAUCGCCCUGACGUUCUUGCUGCUUCUCUUCGGGAGUAGCAUCAGCAUCCUCUGUGAUCGGCGAUGUGGUGACGAUGGGGGAGACUUCAACGACAUGUGGAAUGCGAUCAUCUCGCUGUUCUCCAUCACUGUGAGUCUCUACCAGGGGGACUUCCGCGAAAUCCAGCCUGACCCCAUGCUCCUGAUGAUGAUCUACCUCUUUCUUCUAGUCUCCGUGGUGCUCUUGCUGAACCUGCUGAUUGCGCAGUUGAACCAGACGUACGAGUACAUCAACAAGGAUGUUCUCGGCUUCGCCAGACUCAAUCGGGCAUCGCUGGUCGUCGAUGCUAUGGCCUCCUGCCCCAAAUCCAAGUGGAAGAAGUUCGUUGCCGAUCUCAAGCUCGACGAGAAGAGGGAGUUUGAUGAAGGCGAUUUGGGCCUGCCAGGCUGCAUCCAGAGCCACGAGGCCGCGGGACUCCACCGGCAGAGCGAGGAGCAGAUCCGUCGCUAUGGAGGUUCGACGCUGCCAUCUUUGCCCUGGCCAGAGGACAAGGCCAAGAAAAGUGGGCCCGCAGAGGACACUCCGGAAGCGCGUCUUGCCCACAUCGAGUACCUGCUGGAGAAGGCAGUGCGCCGCAAGCACCAUCGUGAGGGCAGUUCCGACUCCCACUCUCAUGAUGCAUCCGGGAGCUCCAUGGGCAGCUCUGGCGGCAGUUCCCUCAGCGGAAGCAGCAUCAACGACUCGGAAGACUCGGAGGGUUAG